GCUUUAUAACUUUUGCAAUUAGUAAUAAUCUUUUUAGCCUUUCUAAAGCUCUUAAAUCUUGCUUGCUCGUUUUUGUGAUAAUGUACUCAGUGGAAUCUGUCGAUGACGUCACCAUUGUUAUCUCGUGCAACUCAGUCAUCUUCGAAUUCUCAGCAUCCACAUAUAUACUCGCAGUUUUCGCCAGCUCAUUCCUCUUCUGUUCCGUCCAAGUCAGAGUCUCAUUGAUGGGAAUGAUCGUGGCCUGCAUAAUCGUUUUUGAACUUUUUGAGAAGCUCAUUUUCUUUAGAUAUCAACGAAUCCUGAGUCAAUUUGGAGCCAGAGAGGAGAACAUUAUCAUACUUACUCACUCAGCUAUCGCAAUCAUCAGUGGUGGAUAGGGCUGAAUCUCCUAAUUCAAUGGGGUCUAGAGUCUCUUCCUUCUGACUGAUCUUAAUUAGAGGGUUUUUCCACAAGUAAUUCAGCAUUGAGAAAAUCUUAUUUGAUGGCUCUUUAGGCUUUGAGUCUAGAUUAACAAAUUUAACCCUCCUUAAAAAUUUAGGAAAUAUGAAUUAUAACACACAUCUCAUGAAUAACCACAUCAAUUUUAUAAUGCGGGGUUUAAGCUAGGGAGGAAAUAAAAAGACUAGAGAUUAAGAAGGAGGGCAGAGGGCGUACCAGUAGGUUCAGAGUCAACACUCAUGAAGUCUUCUUCCUUUUUAUCAUUGAAAAAUCCACCUAGUAAAUAGCUGUCCUGA